CCCAUGCAGAUUACCUACUUCUGGAGGGGACUGCCUCCCAGCAUUGAUGCAGUUUAUGAAAACAGUGAGGGGAAUUUUGUCUUCUUUAAAGGUAACAAGUUCUGGGUUUUCAAGGACACUACUCUCCAGCCAGGUUAUCCUCAUGAUUUGAUAACUCUUGGAAGCGGAAUACCUUCCCAUGGCAUUGAUUCAGCAAUUUGGUGGGAAGAUGUUGGGAAAACCUACUUUUUCAAAGGAGAUAGGUAUUGGAGGUACAGUGAAGAAAUGAGAUCCAUGGACCCUGGUUAUCCCAAACCAAUCACAAUAUGGAAAGGCAUCCCAGAAUCUCCCCAGGGAGCCUUUGUCCACAAAGAAAAUGGCUUCACAUAUUUCUACAAAGGAAAAGAGUACUGGAAAUUCAAUAACCAGAUGCUCAGGGUGGAACCUGGCUAUCCCAGAUCCAUCCUCAAGGAUUUUAUGGGUUGUGAUGGACCAACAGAUCGAGAUAAAGACCGACACAGCCCUCAAGAUGACGUUGACAUUGUCAUCAAACUGGACAACACAGCCAGCACUGUGAAAGCCAUAGCCAUCGUCAUUCCCUGCAUCCUGGCCUUGUGCCUCCUUGUCUUGGUUUACACUGUGUUCCAGUUCAAAAGGAAAGGAACACCCCGCCACAUACUGUACUGCAAACGCUCUAUGCAAGAGUGGGUGUGAUGUAGGGUUUUGGUUUUUUUUUCUUCCCUCCCAGGAGUUUGUGGUAACUUGAGAUUCAACACAAGAGCUGUUUCCUAGCUAGGAGCGGGCAUCUGUCAGUCUGAAACAAAGCUGAUCUUUAAA